UGGUUAAUAUGCUGGAUCACAAAGGAGCAUGAAACUAUGAACAGAAUGCAGGGGGAGUGGCUAAACAAUGUUUAUAAGUUCCAUCCCCGUGGAUCUGCAGUCAAACACAGCAGCUGGAUCUCAAUCAGAUCGGCUGUAAAACAUCAAGAACAACAACUGGGUUUCCAGGCUGUUGACAACAUCUCUUGCUGGUAUUUAAAUGCUGCUGCACUGACCCGUUAAACCAGAACCAGAGGAAUUACAAAAGAUUCUUGGCUCACUCCAACCACAACAAUAUUUGUGUAACACAAUAUUUCGCUUCACAAUAAGAUAAAGCACCAUAAUGGAGCGUGGUUCACCAGACACUGAAUCCUCUGGUGUUGAUAGUGAGAUGUCAGGGGAGGACACGCAACUGUUCUGUAUGUUGGCACUGCUGAAGGCGUAUGCUCCUGAGUCCUACCUCCUGAUGUCUGAGUGUCAAAAGAUUCUUGGCCCACCUGAUCCCAUCCAUGGAGGCCCCCCCUUUGAGGACAGAAUGGAGCCUUUUACCAUCUUCAUCAGGAAAUCCAGUCCAAACCCCGGACACGAACAUGUAUGUAUGAUUGACCAGGUAUCUGCACAAUGUGCUGUGAAGGUAAUGGCUGCCAUUGGGAUUCCCAGGAGUGCUACAGUGAGCAAAAUGAUGAACUCACUUUGUGGAGCUCAGGCCGAACCACAUGUUCUCCAGUUCAUCAAAGAUCUGCUGACAAAGAGAGAAAUGGGACGGAAAGGCAAAGAGAAUUUCUCAAGGUUGGUUGAAGAUAUACUGGAGCAUGAGAGUUUUAACGAAGCUCUUUUUGUCUUGAAGAGAGCGUCAACAAUAUUCAAAGAGAACGCCGCUUUCCCCCAAGUUGUUUCUCGUCUGUAUUGCAUUGCUAAAGAACCAUCUGACUAUGUAAAAGCUGAAGAAUGGGCAAAGAAAGCCAUUAAACGAGCUCCAGAAAUCUCUUACAUAGCUGAUACUCUUGGGCAGGUUUAUAAGAACCGUUUGUUGAGGAUGGGUAAGGGACCAGGAGAAAUCAUGAGCAUGGCAGACGAGGCCUUCAGAGCAUUUAAAGAUGUGGAGAGGAAAGCAGACAAGGAAGAGCCCCUACAGAUGGACACAGAAGGUACUGCAAGCAUUGCAGCUACUUUCAACAAUCGGGGCCUUUUCGGCUUCCUUCAAGUGGCAAAGAUCGCCUUUGAAAAACUCAGAGAUCAGCAACACAAGACUUCUUUAAUCCAAAACAAGAAAAUGGAAGUUGAAGACAAGUUUGAAUUCUUUGAGUGGUACCUGACCUACUCGAAGCCUGACAAGACAACUUUCGAGCCACCUUACGUCUGGGAGGUUGUGGCACUCUGUUACAAACAUUACACAACAAGAACAGCAGCUGAAUCCACCAGCUUCCCAGGUCUUCUUGACUGUUUGAAUCAUGGCCUUUUCAGGUCAAGGGGGAAAAGGGCAGGAUUUCUGGAGGAGGAGAAAUCAGGGUUUGAUUUAGAGGAAAUCCAACGUGAGUUGAAAAACGACUAUGAGGAAAAUGUUGAUGAUGUCAAAGUAGCAGAGAGGUACAUCCUCUCCAACAUCAUCUUGAGCAACAGGAUGCCGGAUUCUCCUCAGCUCACCUCGGUGGAAGAACUCCAAACAAUCAUUCGGAGAUUCUUGGACACAGAAAGGAGGCAUAGAAGUCCAGAGUUCUACCUCUUGGUGCUGCUGUUGUUGUUCCCUGAGGAGCAGCCUCCGGUGGUGCAAGACGAGGAUGAUGAAGAAGCGGAACAGCCGCCCACAGAUGGGCAGCCUGGACAGCUGCCUCUUGACCAUGGUUCUGACUCAGACCUACAACAGUAUGUCACCUUUAUGGAAGAAGCCUAUGAAAGGUCCAGUUAUGCCAAGUACCUUCGAUCCCGUUACCUUUUGCCUCUGUUUUUUCUGGGAAAGGGCUCUGGACUGAGCAAAUGGAUUCACAAAUCACAGCUGGAUGCAAUUGUGGAACAAACGGUGGACGCUGAGCUGGCGGGUGAAAAAUGUCGAACUAAUUCGAGGAAAACACAUCGGAUUGAAAACAUGUGGAGGAACGGUGACGUGUGGCAAUUGCCGGAAAUCCAAAACAUCCUUCUCAGGGUUGAGGACAAUAAAGUGUUAGUUUGUGCCGGAUGGUGGAAAGUAAAGGUUUCAACAGAGGUUGAACCUGAAGAUCCAACGUUGAGCACCAGGCUCAUCUAUCUUGGCUUCAACAUUCAGGGUCCUGUCCUCGUCAAAGUGAGUGCCCCUCGUGUGAACAAUGACUGACCAGGAACACUUUGGGAUCAAGACCCAGCACAAACACUGGCUUGAGCCGACAGCAGAUGAUUCAGUUGGGACCAAAGUGAUGGAAUGACCAACAGAUCACCAUCGGUAUCUUGAAAGCCAUGAUUCUCGUGACGUUAAAAGUAAUUUGCUUUGGGUGUGAAACAUUUUUGGAUUCAUGAAAACUAAGUGUAAGGUUUCUUUUUUAAAUUUUUUUAUUUGAAGGUGCAUGGGUCAAAUGUGAUUGACAUUAAUCACAUUUGUUGUAAUGUGUGGAUAUUCUUAAGAAAAUAUGUCUCAAUCUUAUGUGAUAAAGAAAUUAAAGACAUUUCUCUCAAA